UUAUUAUGAUUGUUUUGUAGCACGUACCAUAAUAAAGACGUAAAUAAGAAAUAAUUCACACUAUCCUUCAUUGAAAUGUUGAUUCACUUCAAAUUUAUAUUAAUUUAAGUCCAAGAGGUGUAAUUGUGGCAAGCAAGUGUAUUAUGCCAGUUUUAUUAAUUAUAUUACAAUAAGUAAAUAAAUAAGAUCGUUAAUCGUUGUUCCUAUACUUACUAACUUAAAUUCGCGAAUACGCAAAUUUAGCUAAAAUUUAUUAGCUACACGAAUGUAGGUUAAUCAUAUCCAAAACCUUAAAAUGUGAAAAUUAUGAGUGAUCUGGUAUUGUAGAAGAUCUUACCUGCAUACUGAAACGAAGAUGUUCAUUUUAUCUGAGUUUAAAGAUGUUGUGCGGACGCCUCCAGUUGUGUUUGAUAAAAAACUUAAAGUAUCAAUCACUGAACAUCUGAACUGUAAACUUGCAAACAAGGUUGUUCCCAAGGUCGGUUUGUGCAUCACAUUGUUUGACAUCCAAAAACUGGAAGAUUCUUACAUUUUUCCAGGAGAUGGUGGUGCACACACAAAAGUUGAGUUUAGAUUUGUAGUGUUUCGACCUUUUAUUGAUGAAAUAAUUAUUGGCAAAAUACGCAGUUGUACAAAAGAUGGUGUACACAUUACAUUGGGAUUUUUUGAUGACAUACUGAUUCCCCCAAGUAAUCUGCAACAUCCAUCUCGGUUUGAUGAGACUGAACAAGUCUGGGUAUGGGAAUUUGAUAACGAUGGAGACAAGCAUGAUCUGUUUAUGGAUCCAGGUGAAAAGCUCAAGUUCCGGGUUACUUCAGAACUUUUUGUAGAGACUUCUCCAGUCCAAUGUCCAGACAAUCCAGAGCUGCUCGAGACCAUCAGCACCGAACCUAAAGUGCCUUAUUCCAUCACAGCCACAAUCAAUGAACCAGGUUUAGGAGUUCUCUCUUGGUGGGAUGGAGCGUAAAAACACUUCUAUGUCGUGGAUAAAACGUGAUAUUUAUUUUGUUUUUAUUAAAUGUUAACAUUUUGAAAUAAG